AUGGUGGAGGUGGUGGUGAGCUGUAGACGUAUGGUGGUGGUGGAGACUUGUAGUCUAUCUUGGGGGAAGGAGAGUAGUAUGGUGGAGGUGGUGGGGAGUUGUAUACGUAAGGCGGUGGUGGAGAUUUAUAGUCUACUUUGGGGGAUGGAGAGUAGUAUGGUGGAGGUGGUGGGGAGCUGUAGACGUAUGGCGGCGGUGGAGACUUGUAGUCAACUUUUGGAGAAGGAGAGUAGUAUGGUGGAGGUGGUGGGGAGCUGUAGACGUAUGGCGGCGGUGGAGACUUGUAGUCAACUUUUGGAGAAGGAGAGUAGUAUGGUGGAGGUG